GUUGACAUUUCCCAAAUAACCAAAAAUUCAAUUUUAUGUAACUACAACUGAAAUUGAAACAAAAACCAAAAAUGUCUAAGAUACCAAUUUUAAUAAAUAAUUUCUGUAAAAGAAACAUUUCUGUAACGGCGACUAGAGAAGGUAAAAGGAAUUUUAGAAAAUUUGUGAUACCAAACAAGAGAGGUUCUGUACUUCACAAAAAAAAACAAAUGACCGAGGAUAGGGAAUUUGAAAUCGACAAACGAGGAGUUAGAGAUAUUGGCUAUAACUUAAACGGACGUUUUGUCAUAGUACCUGAAAUGAUUCCAGAAAUUAUCGUACCAAACUUAAAAGAUUUUGAUUUGAAACCAUAUGUUUCAUACAAAGCCGCUGAUGUCAUUCAAAGUGAAUUUACACCUUCUCAACUAUUCGAUGCUGUGUACAGUAAGAAAAUUGUUACCGAUUUUAAACAAGGAAAAUUAGAUGAGGAAGGUAAUCCAAUAGAACCGUCUGAAGAGGAGUCAUUGAAGCCUGAGGAAGCCAUUAUUCGUGCAAAACAAACUGGCUCAGAUAUAUUUUAAUUUAAUAAUAACAAAUUAGUCUUGGUAGUGUAGUAUAGAUUUAAGAUUAAGAAAAUAAAAAACAUUUCCUAUGUGAUUCAGUGACAGUAAAAUUAUGUCAGUUAAUCAAAAACAGACCUUUCUAAAUAAAUAGAUAUAUACAGGCAGUGGAUUUAAACAACAUUUUCAAUGACAUUUUCUUUGCUAUUUGAAACCUUAAGAAUAUUAUAGAAUAAUACUGUUAAGCCAAUUUUAAUGUAUCUAAUUAUGUAUAUGCAUUGUCAUAUCAAAAUUUAAUUUGCCCAUUACAACUUUUCUAAUUCACUUAUUUCAUGUUUUGAUUUUUUGUUUAAAAACUACCAUUUCAUGCCAAUUUUCAUUACCCACAAAUAUAAUUUGAAC